AUGCUAUUUUCUACCCUUGGGCGCGUUGCCCUUGCUGCAGCCGCCUUUGCGACUGGCUCGUUUGCACAGGGUUCCAAGGACGAUGAUUUCGGCCAAUCGACCUUUAUCGCCCCGGAAAACAAUGUCGCCUUUGGGUUCACCGUCCCCCAAGACAGCGGCGAGGACAUCUUCUUCACGAUGCGGGCCCCCAUCGAGCGUACCUGGGCUGCCAUCGGCAUUGGCCAGGAUCAAAUGGCCGGCAGCUUGAUCUUCAUGAUGUACCGCGACCAGACCGGCAACAAUGUCACCUUCUCACCUCGCAUAGCCUACGGAAACUACGAGCCGACCUACUACAACAACAUGCAGUGGGAUGUCCUCGCUGGGACUGGUGUCUUUAACGAUUCCAUGUACUUCAGCGCGCGAUGCACCGCCCACUGCAGGAGCUGGGUUGGGGGGUGGAUCGACGUCUCAAACGAAAAUCAAAAGGCCAUUUACGCCGUCGGUCCCAAGGGAAGCUUCUUUUCGAACAAGCAGGACACGUCUGUCAAGUUCCACGAGGAAUUUGGUCGAUUCACAAUCAACAUGAAGCGCACAGUUGGCCCCGGCGACGCGCCCAUGCUCAAGGUCAACUCCGUCAACGAGGGCACGACGCAGGUCUCUGCCAAUGAUGGCAGGAGAGAUUACAAGUCCAUCUUCCACGCGGUCCUGAUGGUGGGCUCUUUGGUCUUCCUCAUCCCUUUUGGCGCCGUUCUCCUCCGCUUUGGCAACAUGGUCAGAUGGCACGCCCUCAACCAAGGCGUUGCCCUGGUCAUUGUCCUCAUUGGGUUCGUGCUCGGUGUUCUGACCAGCUUCUGGUAUACACGUUCUCGUGGCUUCAAGUCGGCGCAUCAGAUUAUCGGUUUCAUCGUCGUUGGCUUCCUCCUGGCCCAAUUUGCAAUUGGUUUUCUGCACCACCAAAAGUACAAGAAGACGCAGCGAGACACGCCCUACAAAAUUGUCCACCAAUGGCUCGGCCGCAUCACAAUUGCCCUAGGCACCUUCAACGCAUUCUUGGGCUUCUCGUUCGCAAUGAACCGCCGAUUAAACUACUUCCUCGCCGCCGUCAUUAUUCUACUCCUUCUGGUCUCGCUAUUCUUCACCUUCAAAGGCAAGUGGGUCCGCGGUCGGCUGCCCGCCAAGUUCGGCAACCAGGCAACGGGCGGGUACAACCCGGAGCCCUGGAGGCAAGCAUCCACGCAAGGCGGGUACGCUUAUACCGGCGCUCCGCCCGCCUACCAACCUCCUUCUCACCAGAACCAAAGCGUCGGGUUGACGAGCAUGGUUGCGGAUCCUACGCAGCCGACGAAAGAGAGGAGCGGUAGUCGCGACUACCGGAACAACGACCUGGGCUCGGCGCACCAACCGCGAGAGAUGGUGUAA